AGUGAGUCUUUUCAAAGAAUUUAUGAGUUCAACAGCUCCUCCUCUGUUUCGCCACUCGUCGAGCAGGAAUAUCGCGUAUAUAUGCGUUGUCUGGUUAUUAGUAAUGUAUGUAGCGAAUGAGCUUGCGCUACGUAGAGCCUAAAUCUUAAGGCUUUUCUGUAACUAACAAUUUCCCCCAUUCUGUCGAUUGACAGCCGUUGCGGACAUGUCAGCAUCCAGCAGGUACAGCUAUAAUUAUGAAGAUUACAGACACACAGCCGACUGGCUGUUGGGUCAGACAGAUAUCCGACCCAAAGUGGCCAUCAUCUGUGGCUCAGGCCUAGGAGGACUGGCCGACUUGCUGGACAAAAAGACUGUGAUUCCUUAUGAAGACAUCCCAAAUUUCCCUAAAAGUACAGUGGAAGGGCAUGCAGGUCAUCUGGUCUUUGGGGAGCUGAAAGGAAAGCAGUGUGUCUGUAUGCAAGGCCGGUUUCACUGCUAUGAGGGUUAUAACACUGCCAUAGUAACAUACCCAGUGCGUGUGUUCUUCCUCCUCGGAGUGAAGACUCUGAUUGUAACAAAUGCUGCUGGGGGUAUAAACCCCGAUUUUAAGGUGGGAGACAUCAUGCUGAUCAAGGACCACAUCAACUUUCCUGGAUUUGGAGGCCAAAAUCCUCUCUGUGGUCAGAAUGACGAGAGGUUUGGCGUGCGUUUUCCUUGCAUGUCAGAUGCAUAUGAUAAAGACUUGGCGCAGCUGACCAUACAGACAGCCGACAAGCAGGGCUGUGCCUCCUUCUUUCAGCAUGGAGUCUACUGCAUGCUGACUGGACCCACCUACGAGACUGUAGCUGAAUGUAAAAUGCUUCAGUUACUGGGGGCCGAUGCUGUGGGGAUGAGCACGGUGCCCGAGGUGGUGGUUGCCCGACACUGCGGCCUGCGGGUCCUUGGCCUCUCCCUCAUCACCAACAUGGUAGUGGCUGACUACGACAGUGAGAGGCGUGCCAUGCACGAGGAGGUACUGGACACCACCUGCAAGCGCACCAAAGACCUCCAGCGCUUGGUCAGCCAUCUGGUGGAAAAGAUGUAGAGCUCUCUGUGCCCGAGCAACAGCAACCAGAUGUAGCUGAAAGAGUAUUUCACAGAAUGUAAGGGUUGAACACUGCAAGGAAAUAUUGCACUGACGACAGAUUAAUAGACAAUACUGCACUGGAAAGUGCUAUGGUAAUCUUUUGUUUACAGUACCAGCUGGCAUUGAUUUGUGUCUGCACCAGCUGGCACUGAUUUAACUUUCUGAAUUGAUUCCACUAAAAUUAUGAUUAUGUAAGCACUGUGUUUGAAAAACAACUACGUUUAGGUCACUUAUUUUUGCUGAUAAACACUACUCUCUCUGAUAUUGACAGUUUUCCAGUGGCUCUGCACAAUGAAAUGACCAGCUUUAAGUUACCAUCUGUUAAAGACCAAUGUGUGUUAUGGAAAUCAGUUUAAUAAUUUGGUUGCAUGCAUAGUGUGCAGACAUACGAUCAACAAAACAGAACAACAAAGGAUUCAUUUUAUUCAGAUUACUCUGUACUAUAGACACCGUGUCAAACUGUGUCUUUAGAACUACAGUAAGCCAUGUACAGCACCGUACACAUGUCUUUAAUUAUUUUAUGUACGGAUACACUACCUCCUUAUUCUCUUGCCUUAGAACAAGUACUCAACCAAGGGGACCUCUUUUUGGUACACCUUUAAUGCUGAAGUGAAACACAUAGUUAUACCAAUAAUAUAAUUAUUCAUUAACCAUGAAAUCAAACUCAUUGAAGUAGUUAUCUCCAAUAAAUGUAAAAUCACCUGUACUGUACAUUAUAUCCUAAAGGAUGUGAUAUCAUGUGAAUGCUUCUGGGAACAGUACAGUAGAGAAAACUGGAUCACAAAUUACUACAUGACCAUAAAUUAUAAUAAUAUCCUACCUUACUGUAUUCCGUUCUCAAGAUUUACAAAGUAAUCUAUGGAUGAACUACUUUCAGGCACUAAUGUUUGGCAUUUUAGAAGUAUGUAUAUGUGAAAUUAUGAAUUACCAAUAGUCAAGAACACUGGGGAAUGGGGGAGAUAAGAAUCUAAAAGUGCACAUAUGUUGAUAGAUCAAGCCAGACUUAUUCAAUGCCACUAUAAACAAUUAAAAUUAUUGUACAAUUCAGUAUUUGGGUUGUUAACACUGAAAGGGCAGUUUGACGUUUUCACUAGAAAAUGCUGAUGAUAGUGAGCAAGUAGUUUGCUUAUUUGUCUAAAAAAAAUUUUUAAAUGCACAACACAGAAAGUUAUGUAUUUUGGUAAUUAAUUGAAGAAUAUUGUGUCUUGUGCAAAUGAGUACUGCAAGGUAAACAUUACCUUGAAAUAAAUAAAUAUAGUAUAAUAUA